AUGGCGCAGGGCGGGCCGCGGGCGUGCGGUGCCCACGCGGGGCGGCCGCUGGAGCUGUUCUGCGAGGACUGCGGGCGCUGCGUGUGCGCCCUGUGCCCGGCGCUGGGCGCGCACCGCGGGCACCGCGCCUGCCUCCUGCCCCACGCCGUGCGCCGCACGCAGGAACUCAUGGCAUCAUGCUUGAGGGAUCUAGAAGAGAGAAAAGAGCAAGAAGCUGGUAACAGAAGGAGUGUAGAGCUGGCUGUGAAUGAUGUGAAGGCACAUGCCAAUAUGAUCAAAAGGCAGCUAUCGGAAACAGUGACCGAGCUCCAGUUACUUCUUCAGGAAGAAGAGAGUCUGGCAAAAAGCUUCAUUGAUGAAAAGGCUCAGCAAGCCCUGGGAGCACAUGCUCAGCAGCUGGAGUCCUGUCAAGAACAGCUUGCAGCCCUAGAGACCUUCUCCUGUCGGAUCAGACAAAUACAACAGGACAGUGAUCCUAUUCAGUUGCUGGAGAAGUACACAGAAAUCGAGAAGGAAAUGAAGGAAUCCAGGCAGCUGAGAGAACAGUGGCAUCCAGUACCUGUCUCAUUUGAACACAUACUUAACCAUUAUAAGCACUUCUUCAGACUUCUUCAGUCCAUUCUACAGAAACCACUAGAAGCCCGGCUUAAAGAAGAUGUUUUCAGUAGCCUUAAUGCCACUGCAAAGAAGGAACCUGGAACAGUGUUGAAAACCAUGACUCCUGUUGAUCGGUUGCUUUUCUUAAAACAUGCAAGAUCACCAGCCUGGGAAUACGACAGCGUUCACCCAAGACUGAAAUUGUCUGAUGACCGUCUGGAAGUAAGCUGCAGCUGGAGGAGGAUAUUCUACCCCUGUGGCCCCCAGAGGUUCGAUAAAUUAUGGCAAGUGCUAAGCAGAGAUGCAUUCCUCUCUGGGAGCCAUUACUGGGAAGUUGACCUGCUUCAUGCUGGAGCAGGAUGGUGGAUUGGUGCAGCCUACCCUUCCAUUGGCAGGAAGGGAGACUCUGAAACCUGCCGGCUGGGCUGGAACAGAGCAUCUUGGUGCCUUAAGAAGUUUGAAUUUGAAUACUGGGCAUUUCACAAGGGGGAGAGAAUCCCCAUCUUCAUAGAGGAUGAUCCUGAUCGCAUUGGCAUUUUUCUGGAUUACGAAGCAGGAAUCCUUUCAUUCUACAAUGUCAGUGAUGGAAUGGCUCAUUUGCACACCUUCCACUGCAAGUUCACAGAACCAGUUUAUCCAGCCUUGAGACUCUGGGAAGGGUCCAUUAGAACAUGCAAAUUACCAUAAGGAAGGAAGCAAAAAAAAAAAAAAAAAGCCUACUAUUUUAUGCUUUUUCUGUGAAAACCACUUUAACAAUUAUCUACAUGAAUUAAUCUCUGUUGUAGGAAAGUUGUAACUAGUUGCUUUUAGAAGGUAACAGUAAAUUCAAGAAAACCAACUAAUUUCUAAUGUCUCUGUCAAUGGGUGAAGGUAAUCUGGCUCUUAUAAAUGGUGUUGCUGUACCACUCAAAGUGCCAUAUGUAAUAUUUUUGUACUUUUUUCAACUUGCGAAAUGGAAGAAGUCUAGUUGAAAAAAGCGUAUUACAGCUCAGACUGGAACUGGGAUAUUGACAUAUUUUUUUAUGAACUUCCUCCCCUCAUCUGUCUGGAGAGGCUGCAGUUGUGUAUGGUAAUAGGUUUAGUUUGGUUCAAGGUCAAGUUUUUAUAUAGUUUUAGUUGACAAAGUCAGGUUUGGAUAAUAAAUGCACUAAGUGAAUUAGCUCAUACUUACGAGUCAUCUUGGAAAAGCCAAACACUGGCAUGGACUCUUGGAAAGGUCCCUUCUGAAGCAGGAGCUUUUGAGGCCACAUUUAAUAGCCACUCACUGGUCUUACAUGUGACAGGGCCUUGGAACCGGGCUUCUGGAUGGCCCUAUUCCUCCCUAUUAAGUGGAAACAUGAGAAACAGCUCUGUACAACCUGCAACAGAGCCUGAAAUGCCUGUAAGGCUCACAGGUGCAAUAGAAACACUAGGUCAGUGGGGCAUUUAUGCCCAACUUAUUUUUCUGUCCACUCUGCAAAGGCUCUUUAACUGCAGCUGGAUAAACACAUGUUCACAUAAAACUAGGAGACACAGCUUGCAAUUUUCUGUAUAUGGAUAUCUUUUCCCCCAAUACAUUAAUUAAAGUCUUGGAAAUUUUUGGAACCCAUGUUUACAGCACUGUCUAGGACCAGCCCUGCUAGACUCGAGAACCACUGCUAUUUGAAGCAGGUCAGGUAAUCUUACAGUUUCCAAAUACUAAAGGCCCUGGAGUCAUCACCAGUGCUAGCA